GGAGGAAGCAACCUCAGGAAAAGGGAAAACAAGAGAAAGAGGAAAAAGAAGAAAAAAGAAAAGCGAAAAAGGAAAGAGGGAUAAGGGUAAGAAGAAGCCGUCUCUGUCCGAUUCUGCUAUUAUUAUUUCCUCUUUGAUGGCCGUAAGGCCUCUGCGAUUCAUCGUCUCCAAUCCUAAUACCAAGCAAUUCUUCUCCUCUCUGUUCCCUUCAUCUUCUUUUCCUUCUCUGUCAUCGACCGUUUCCCAUCCAUCGCCAUCGCCGCCGCAUAUUUUCCUCCGCCGUCUCUCGUCGGCGACGACUCCGCUGCCUCGCUCGCAACAGAAGCAGAAACAGCGUUCAACGCCGCCACAAGCGGAGCCGAUAUCGCCGCCUUUGCACCACCGCCUGCAGCCGUCGCUGUCGCUGCCGGAAAACCUGGCGCAGAAGAUCGGUAAAUCCAUCCGCCGCUCUGGCGCCCCGUCGAAGGCCGGGGUUUACGCCGACGUCAAUGUGAUUCGUCCCAAGGACUACUGGGAUUACGAGUCUCUCACCGUCCAAUGGGGGGAGCAGGAUGACUAUGAAGUUGUGAGGAAGGUCGGCAGGGGGAAAUACAGCGAGGUUUUCGAGGGCGUUCAUGGCUCCCGUAACGAUAAAUGUAUUAUCAAGAUCCUUAAACCCGUCAAGAAAAAGAAGAUCAAGCGGGAAAUAAAAAUUCUACAGAACCUUUGUGGCGGGCCAAAUAUUAUUAAAUUGCUUGAUAUUGUUAGAGAUCAGCAAUCAAAGACCCCAAGUCUAAUAUUUGAAUAUGUGAAUAAUGCAGACUUUAAAGUGCUAUACCCCACACUUUCUGAUUUCGAUAUUCGAUAUUACAUAUAUGAACUUUUAAAGGCUUUAGAUUACUGCCACUCUCAAGGUAUCAUGCAUCGUGAUGUGAAGCCCCACAAUGUUAUGAUUGAUCAUGAGCAGCGUAAGCUUCGUCUUAUAGAUUGGGGCCUUGCAGAGUUCUAUCAUCCUGGGAAAGAGUAUAAUGUUCGUGUUGCUUCAAGAUACUUCAAAGGCCCUGAGCUUCUUGUUGAUUUGCAAGAUUAUGAUUACUCCUUGGACUUGUGGAGCCUUGGUUGUAUGUUUGCUGGGAUGAUAUUCCGCAAGGAGCCAUUUUUCUAUGGGCAUGAUAAUUACGAUCAGCUGGUGAAAAUUGCUAAGGUGCUUGGAACAGAUGAACUGAAUGCUUAUCUUAGCAAGUACCGGCUGGAGUUAGACCCACAUUUUGCUGCCCUUGUGGGGAAGCAUACCAGGAAACCAUGGACAAAGUUCAUUAAUUCCGACAAUCAACAUGUGGCUGUUCCAGAGGCAAUUGACUUCCUGGACAAGUUGCUCCGGUAUGACCAUCAAGAAAGACUGACUGCCAAAGAAGCAAUGGCUCAUCCUUACUUCAACCCAGUAAGAAACGCUGAAAGCAGCAGAAUUCUUGCCUAGUGGAUUGACCCUGGUCGAAAAAUAGCUUCUUGUGAUGGUCAAAAAAUGGCUUAACUAGCUCAGCUUUUCUCAGAAUCCGUUAUGCUUUUUGUCAUUCAACUGUAAGUUGAUCUCUGAUUGUGUUGUAGGCCUGCAUUUGUCAUGUCAUCGUGUCAAAAAUUUUGUGUCGUGUCUAGUGGGAGUGGGAAUCAUAUUGUCGGGAGCUGACUUAAGGUGAAAAUAUCAUUCCUUCUCCGAUUGUUCUAAUUUCUUGCGUUUAAUUGAGCAUAAAGAACAAACAUUUCUGGGAAAGCUUUCGGACAUGGUUCUGGAGAUAGAAACUAAUUUCUAGUUAAGUAUUUAGUUGUUGGCUGCCGCCGCAGCCGCAAGUUGGUUGUUUUGUGAACUUACCCAUAUUGAUAUUUUUCAAUACUGAAUCAUUGUAGCCAA